AUGAAGAGAAGCCCGGCGGCGGCGGUGGCGGUGGGCCACCUAGCGGCGAGCGCGGUGGAGGUGGCCCUCCGGGGCGUGGGGGUCGCGGCGGCGGCCGUGGGGGAGGCGGCUGGGGGGGGCGCGGAGACCGCGGAGGCGACCGUGGCGAUAGGCGCUACGGGGGCGGGGGCGGUGGUGCCGGCGGCGGAGGCAACGGGGGCGGCGACCGGAGCGGCGGCACCGGCGGCGGAGCUA